UGAUCAGGAUGAAACAAGUUGCAGUAAAUGUGGAACGUCACAGUCAUCGUCACAGAUGGGUCACAACAUUUCCAGGAGAAGCCUCGUCGCUCCGCUGCAGACCUGAUUGAAGCUCUUCGUCAGUGUUGAUUCAGUCGACAGGGGACGUCGGAGGCGGACAAACUGGAUCUGCAGCUCAUUUCUCUGCUGCUUGUUUCCUUCACACCAACAUGGCUGAAACCCACAGAGUGGCAGCGGAGGGCAGGAAGAGAUGGAGUUUUCCAGAGAGGAACGGCUCUGAUCAGAGUAAACCGAGCAGCUGCUCCACCGACCGAGCUGCUGAGAGAAAGCUGGUUGUUCCUUUCAGAGGUCACAUCACAGGUGGGAUGCGUCCAGGGAAGAAGGUUGUGGUGGUGGGCAUCGUGGACUCUCAUCCUGACAGGUUCUACGUCGCCCUGACGUGUGGCUGUGGGACGUCCAGGGAGCCUCCGCCUGACGUGGCUCUGGAGCUGUGUGUUCGAUUCAGAGACCGACAGAUCCUGAGGAGAGCCUGCAUGUCUGGAUCAUGGGGAGACGCUGACAGAGCCGUUCCUUUCUUCCCCUUCAUCAGAGAUCAGCCGUUCAAGAUUGAGAUCCACUGUGAACAAAGCAGAUUUCGUGUGUUUGUGGACGGACAGCAGUUGUUUGACUUUUACCACAGACUGACAUCACUCGGCGACAUCGACACGUUGUGGAUCAAAGGUACCAUCAACCUCACUAAACUGGCCUGAACAAAGGCGUGGACUGCUGAAUGCUCAUGAGAUGCUGCUGAACGAGGAUCUCAGCUUCAUGGCACGCCAGCUGCCAGAACUCACAGUGUCUGAACACCGUCUGUAUUCACCUUGGACAUUUUGUUACCAGGUGUUUAGUGUGACGAGAAAUAAUUCUCAAUAUUGUUUAUACUAUAAUCAUGAUCUAAAGCUGGAAACAGGAUUCACAAAUGUAUAAUAUAUGACAGAAGUGAGUACACACCUUUGUAAUAUCACCUAAUACUUCCAAACCAUAGCACCUGUCUAUGUUCACAGGAAAUCUGUUAGUAAGACAGCUUUAGUGUGAACCUGAUCAGGACUACCACAGUGAAUGCAUAGUCCUGACAGUGAAGCACAGAGGUGGGAGUGUGACCAUAUGAGGCUUCAUGAGUGUUCGAAGUGUAAGGGAGAUGAUAUUUACAGAUGCAUCAUCAAUGUCUGUAGAUAAACCAAAAUACUGUCUGACAAAAGGACACCCAGUCUGCAGAAGCUGAAUAUUCCAACAUGAUAAUGACCCCAAACACACUGUCAAAAUGUAGAGUCUCUACUGAAGAAAUAGCUGAAAAUAUAAAAGAUUUUAAUCUCAGAAGUGUAUACUGACUUUUUUUUACUUUGAGUUUGUAUUGUGGGACCUCUAUUUUUUUUUUAUUACAGUCAAUUUAUGUUAGUGUUAAGAGGAAAUACUCUGCUGUUCAACACUGAAUCAUUUGACACUUCUGCACUCACUUCUGUCGUUUACAGUGUUUAACAACUUGUGAUGAAUAAUCUCUGGUGUUAACAAACGUAUUGUACAAUCCACAAACAAAUCUAAACAGACUUUGAUGGUAUACAGUUUUAGUCAAUUCAGAUUUCCCCUGGCGUUCUCAAACGCCAGCCAAUUUUUUAGUAUAUUCAGUUGUUUGAUAAAUAUUUUUGGUUAUUAAUGAUAUUUUGCAAUCUUUUUUUAUUGUAUGAGACAACUACUGAAACUGUAAGUUUGUAUUUUUUAAAAAAAGAAAUCAGAUUUUGUGAUUAAGAAAAAACAAAGCAUAAAGAUGACAGAUAUGAUGAUAAAUAUGUGAUGACUACCUCGGUUCAUGUAGCGUGAAAUCCUGCUGCCAUCCAUAUCUUUAUGAGAAGUGAUUCUCUCUUACCUGUUGUGCUUCUUUUCAUGCUUCUUUUGUGCCUUUACCAACAUUAUUUAUGUCACAUCUUAUCAUUCAAUCAAUACUAUUGUGACUUUUGUAUAUUUUACAGCUUAAAGCAAUCUAACCCAGUUUAUUUUCAUCACCUUUCAAAAUGAUCAAAUCUCUCUAAUGGAAAUUAAAUUUAAAUUUAAUUUAAUUCAAAGUAGGGGGUAUAAUGUAUAUCGCUGCAAUAAACUAUGAUAUGAUUAUUAA